GCCGAGAAACUCAAAGACAAAAUUUCAACUAUAAACAACUAAGCGCGCGCAGUUGUGGUGAUUGUGCCGAGUAUCAAUUGUUACAGGCGACUGCUAUGCAAACUGAAGAAAUCCUCCAUUCAAUGUCGAACAAUUGCAGCACCGACGAAGAAGCUUACCUUUCGCGCCUUUCCUUUCUCAUCCAAAAUUCUCUCCCUCAUCCUUUCACAGAAUUUGAGCUAAUUUCGCUAACGAAAGAAAAAGAGAAGGAACUUUUGAUUUCUCUUUCUCAGAUUUUAAUCCAAAUUCGCCCAUGGACGAAUGAAGAACAACAAAGCUAUGAAUUUGGAACUGAAGCUAAUGAUUAUUUGAAUAAGAUUGUUGCAAAUUUGAUUGUGUUGCUAAAUGCUAGGAAUCAAUAUAUUUGUCAUACAGCGGGAAAAAUAUUUCUAGCCAUCUCAGAGUUUCUUCUAGCCUAUGGAGACAUCUGGGGCAGAUUCAUCCAUUUGUUAUGUGUUUGCUUUAAGUUUGCGAUGGGAAAUAUUCUUCAACAUCCCCCAAAUUCUUUGAUAAUGGAAGCUGAUGUCUCGAAAUCUAUUCUAACAAAUUUGAUUCUCAUUUCAUAUACUUCGACUUGGAAUGGUAUAGCUGGAAUUAUACAAGUUUUACGGGGGAUUGUAAAACAUUUGAAGGAUGAAGAUGAUGCUUUUGUGGGUGUAUUAGUUAAUAAUUUGAGUAACUGCCUGGAAAAAGUUUCUUGGGAUUUAGUAAAUGGGAUUCACUGUGACUACAGUGCAAAGCUUGGAGGUCCUUCAGCAGAGGCAGAAGCAAAAAUUCUCUUCUUUGGGAAUUUUUUUCAGCUACUCUGUUCUGUGGUUGGUCUUAUUGGGGUGGCAGAAGGUGUUGGUUCUCACCGUCAAUCUGCUAUUUUAAGCAAUGCCUGUAAGCUUGUUCCAAGAAUGCUAGAUUGGUGCAUUUGUGAAGAGUGGAAUCAUAUCCUUCCAUAUUUCCGACACAAAGUUUUGAUGUUGAUGGUAAAACUCAGCUUUCAUAUACAACUUGAUUGUUCGCGUCUAAGCAAUUGGUUGCAACUUCUUCAUGAAUACUAUCAAGAUUUACUCUCAAGUCCUAUUUCUCAGCUUGAGAUCGGUCAGAAUAAUACUUUGGAAGGUUCUCCUUUUUUGUUGUGUCUUCAGGACCAGGAUGUCUUUCAUCUUCCUUCAAGCCAUUUACAAAGGAAGGCGGUGUUUCUUUUCCUAAGAUGCUCUCUGAGCUUGAUUAGCAUCAGAAAUAUUGAUGACAUUAAAUGUACUUGUGCAUGGCCGACCUCUUCCAUUGAUUCCACUUUGGUCAUGGCCAAAGAUUGUUUUGCAGAAAAGAAGGGGCUACUUCAGUUUCAUGAGUGGGUUCAGGUUCAGAGUGAUACUCCUUCCGACAUGUGUUUACAAAAUGAGAUAGAUCUGGAAAAGUGCAUCAAAUUCGCUUCAUCCUUCAUCAGAUUUUAUAUGCAAGAGGAUGACAUGUUGUUUGAAGUUCUUUUGCAGAUGUUUAUUAUACCUUCAUGGGCUGAAAGACUGUUUUCCAAACAGGAUAGGACUUGUCGUGAAACUGAAGAGGACAUUCUUUUUCAUGUUUCCAACCUUUUUAAUCCGUUGCUUCUAUUUCAUGUAUUUCUCGCAGAAUUACAAUAUGAUCAUCAAUUGCUUCUGGAUUAUCUUAUAUCAAAAGAUAUAGGAGGAAAAUGUGCUGAAUAUCUUCUAAAGUGCUUGCGUAAUGUAUGCAAUUCAUGGGAGUUGUUUGUUGAAUACUCUACCAGAAAAAGUCUUGUUUGCCAAAAUGAUUGUCAAAGGUGUUGCAAGAGGAGGAAAUGUCCUGAUGAUUCUUCUGAUGAGUGUACAGAUACCUCAUUGCAAACACAGAACGUACUGUCAUCUGAGAAACAGAGGGAUUGUGAUCUGGAGGGGGAGUUUCUCGGGAUCAGAUGCCUGCCAUUUGAGAGUGUUAAAGCAUGCUUGGUUUCUCUAAAAAUUGCCUUGGGAAAGCUUCAUAGGAGGAAUUUGUUUCCUUAUAAUCCAAAAGUUCUUAUAAGACGAGUCUAUAAAGUGAAAGAUAAAUUUAAGAGCUUUGCAAUGGGACUUUCGAUGACUUGCAGUUUGACGAGGUUUGAGGAGCUCUGUGAACUUGUAUAGACUCUGGUUGAAAAAAAAAAAUCCAAGCCUUUUUUAAGACAUGGCCCCUUUCUCGAAGUGCAAAUGUAUAGACUCUGCAAGAAAUAGAUGCUCAAAAUAUUUUGUGUAUUCGUUACAUCAUAGAAGAGUCAGCUAUUUUGCUAUAUUAGCGAGGUACUCUGGAAGCCUUAUGUUGUGCUUGCUGUUUGCCUUGGGAUUGCUGUGAGAUGCAAAGUUUCAAAAUCACUGAAGGAGCCAUGGCGUACCAACAUCUGUAAGUGGAAUAAAUGCAUUAUUCAGAAUUAUUUUUUAGUUAGCAUCCUAUUGAAUAAAUUAUUAUUAAAAUAAUUUGCUUUAGUAAGCACUAAGUUAUGUUGAUUUUGACAAAAAUUAGGGUCUCUUUUGAGUUAUUUACUUUCUUUUUUAUGACAUGAUAUAGCAUUGUAGGAGAAAGUGAGGAAUCAUUGCCGCAAAGCAUACCUCGGUGUGAAUAUUGGCCAAUAGCAAUGACUUAUACUUUCCAAAAUCGCUGGUUUUACAGACUAACCUUAAUUAUUGGUGACAAAUUAGAUGGAAACUUCCUUUUUUCUGGUCGUGUCUAUAUAGCAUGUAGUGAUAUACACCUCCGUCUCAAUGAAUUUGGCCUAUUUGCAUUUUAGUCCGUUUUAAUGAAUUUGCCCCUUUUCUAUAUUUGGACAUGAUUCCACCACCUUUUCUCUAUAUUCUCUCUUAUUUCUAAUUACCUUGCUAUACCCAACUUCUUAAUAUCCGUGCCAUUUAACAAUGAGGCAAACUAUCUGGGACAUAGGAGUCGUUUAUUAAGUGUUUUUGGUGUUCAAUCCAUAUUUAUUACAGUCUUGGGUUUUUUCAUGACCAAGUUACAUCUAAUGAACAAAAACAUGUUUUGCACCCAUAAUGCACUUAUUUACCGUAUAUUUUGUGUCAGUUAUAUGUUAACUAUUUAAAUGUCAAACAUCAAGUAGAUUUUUAUGGAAAAGGAUAAAAAUUUUCUAGUGCUUUGAUAAGUAACAACUUUUUGACUAUUUAUAUUAUUUUGUUGAGCAAAGCAUGUAGAAUUUUUAUUGAGAUUCCAGUUAUUCUAAAAAGGCAAUCACAUAGUAGUUGUGGCUGGCUCAGCUUUAUUGUGUGAUCUGCACACUUGACAUCCCUGGCCUUAUGCGCUUCACUGCUCUUGAUCAUCCAUCGUGUGAAUUUUUCACAAACCACCUUUUCUUCCUUGAUUAAGGUAAAACUGACUACACUGACCUAUAACUGUUUGUGGAGGAGACAUUUUUCUUUUGAAAAGUCAGCAGCAAAUAAUUAGGAUGGUUUUGGCAAUGUCAGUACUAGCUCAAAGUCCUGCAAUAAUAUGAUGUUAAUAUUAAUUAUAUUGAUUUUAUCCUUGGUAGAUGCAAGUAAGAUGGUCAGUUUUCAUUUGAUCUCUCGAGUAUGAUUGUAUGAGUUCUGGAUACUUGGUGCAAUUACAGGUGUGUUUUCAUUUGUACGUUUCAAGUUGUCCAAAAAGGAUUAGAUAAAAAACUUGCACACACAUUUAUACCAAUUUUAAUUUUUUCUUGUGGUGAAUGUCUUUGUUGACCCUAGAGUCAUGGGAUCAAAUCCUGCUAGGAUGUUGUUUUUCUUUACCUUUCCCUACCAUGAAGAUAACUUGGAGCUUGGAGAUAACUUAAGAUGGCUUUGAUAUGAUGACCGUUAAACUUAGAAGUACAUUUACAAUUAUUCAUAUAUAAAAAGCAUUUCUCCCUUUUGUCAAAAGUUCAGCUCUGAUAUCUAUAAGUCAAAGAAUUUUCAUUUCAAACUCAAGGACCAUUAGCUGUUUUUGAUACAUGUGUCAGGGUUGUUAAAAUUGAGAUUAUAUCGAUGAAUCGUCAUGGAAUAAAAAUGUGGCUGUAUUGUUACAUAACAGAAACUUUAUAGCGAAUUUUGAGCUUACCGAACUACAAAACCUCUUUACGUAAUAUGUGAUUCAAAUUAUGGAGUCACAACUGUUAUAAACUGUUAUUCUAACGUAUUAGCCAUUAUUUUUUUUUAUGUGUAUUAGGUUCUAAAAGAUCUAUUAUAUGCUAUGUUUUAAAUAUAUGUUAAGGGAAAACUUGAAUUACUAUGAUAAAUGGAUUUUUUUCAAGUAAGCAAUUCGCAAUGCGACAUAUUUGCGUAACACCACGAGGUGCCGCAUCCUACAUCGGGAUGCAAUCGUGAUGGCAUCAACAAUUUUUUCUAUGUGAAUUGUACAAUUUUUAUGAUUCAAAUAUAUGCUUGCAAUUCAAUUGAUUUGGUACAUUGCUUUUAAUUUGCAAAAGUCUUACAAAUUUAAAUCAAAUUCAAUCGUACCGAUAAAUCUAUUAAUAGAGAUAUAAUAAUCAAUUAUCACCUAUUUAAUGGGUAAAAACUAUUUAAAUAGGUAAAAUGUACUAAUAGAUAGGAACCUUAAAUUUUUAAAAUUCCACAUUUACCCUUUUAAUUAAUAAAAAUUUCAACUUUAUAUCAUUUACUCAUCUAAAGUACUUUUUGAUCGCUUUUUGAGGCAUAUUUAAACUUGUAUAGUUGCACCUAAACUCAUUCUUGUCAUUGCAUGACGUAUGCGCAUCAAUGAAGAGUUACAAGAACCGAUUUUAACAAAUAAAAUAACCGAAAAGUACUUAGAUAAAUAAAUGAUAUUAAGGUGGAAUUUUUAUAUAUAUUAGUCAAAAAGUGAGAUUUUGACGGACAAGGUAAAAGUGAGAUGUUUAAAUUUAAUUUUUCUAAUGGAUAUAUAAGUUGCACCUGCGAGUGGCUUGUAUCUAAUAAUUUGCUUUAUUGUUUCUAGUUUCAUUUGGCGUGUGUCUUUGUACACUUGAUCUUUUCAUAGUGUUCUGGUAGAAUCCAAAACUAAAUUUUUUCUUGUUUUGGAAUCUAUUAUGAUGACCACUUCUUGUUGGUGUAAAAUUGGCUCUCAGAACCUUUUGCCUAUUGUUGAGGAGCUCUGAGAUCAAGUUGUAUAGACUUUAGUCUUAUUAAGGUAGACAAGUUGAUAAAAAAUUUGGGUCCGUUGCAGGCAUAGUCCUUUUUAGACUUGCAAAUUUUCGUAUUCUAAGCUGCAAUUAAUCUGAAUUUUCGGAAAUGUUGGAUGGGUAUCAUCUCUCAAAGUACUCUGGUUUUGUUUGCUCUACUGUUUGCCUUAGGGCUCAGGAUUGAUGUCUCUGAAAUUUAUGUUUGAAUAGGGACUAUUUGUUUUUGUCCCUUUUUUAAGAUAUGGGGAUAGAGGCAUUUGUUCCAAGUUGGUCAGUGUUUAGCAUGCUAUUUUCUGUACAUGAUAUACCGAAGUAACCUAAUUAUUGUUUUAGCUACUAGUGGUGCUUAAAAUGGGAUCUGUUGUGAGCUAUUUACAUAUUGAGAUGGGUGGAUGAACUGUGGCUGUAAAAAUCUUCUGAUGUGUAUGCUGUAGUUUUUCCUAAAUUGAAGUCCUUGGCUCUCACUUAUCAGAAGUCUUUUGUACUUAGUAACCCAUUAAUUGGUUGUGUAUGUUAUUCUGCUCUUAGGCAAAAAUCAGUUCAAACCCUUAUUAAUAUGCAGUCUUCGAGUAGAAUACUUUGCACUAUUUUGUAGAGCAAGAACAUGUAAACUUACAGCUCGUUUGGUUCUUGGUACUAUAUAAUGGUAAUACGAAUGAUUUGUAGUGUGAAUUUGCAUGAGAUGUAUCAUGUUUUUCCCAUCGUGAUGAAACUUUGCCGAUAAAAAUGUUUAUUUAUAAUUUUCUAUUACCAUCUAAUACCACGUUUCUAAAUGGUUAUGCAUUAGAGUGAAUUUUGUGAAGAAAAUGAGAACAUAUCAUAAGAUUUUUCAACUAAAACCACACUAACUUUUCAUUAAACAU